CACAUCUCUAUUGGACCAAUUAAGUACGUCAAACGUCAUGAGAACUAGGUCGUAAAAAAUGGUCGAUCUCUAAUUUUAUUUCAUUAUUAAAAUAAUAUUGUAAUUCUUCUCCAUGAAAUCAUUAUUGUUGGAGCAUAAUUGAGAGUUGUUCCAACGAUGCCAAUUUUUUGCAAAGGAUAAACUGCACAUAACCUCGGGUAGCCUAGAACGGAAGCAGACACUCACUUAUGGCAUAAUUCCACAAUGGCGGACAAUUAUAGCCUAAACUACAAUGUUAGAGAGCUGAAUUUGGGAGCAAGUUUUACAAACAAUAAAACUUCUCAAUAUCACACGAUUAAAUAUGAUUUCAAACCUGCAUCAGUAGAUGUGAACAAAAUGGCGACGGUGGAAGUUGGGACUAAUAAUCAAGUGACGGUCACUGUGCCGCAUUUAGAUGGCGCUGGAGUUCCUCAGACUGUAUUUAAAGGAAGUCAAAGGCCUUAUACUAAGGAAUGUGUGCUCAUUAUAGACAGAGUUACGGGUGAAAUGACCCUCGAGAAGCUGUCAAGUAAUAUUCAAGUGAAAAAGACGAGGCAAGAGUCGUCACUGAAACCGCGGCCGCUGACGCCUGUCACGGCGGAUUUCACGAACACGACGCAGCGCUCGUCGUCGCGGACGCGCGUCACUACCAACCGACGGGCCAAUCCUAACCCUAAUGCAGGCGCUGCUGGCACUCCACAAGCCAACAGUCAAUCUCGUUUCAAUGGAAAUCCGAUGCAGAAACCCCCUCAGAACAUGGUGAGGUCACCACCUAGAGUGAAAACGUCGCCUCCACAGGCACCGUGGUCGGGCGGUGGUAACAGUACGUUAGCGUCGUUGCCUAUGAUCGGCUUGGAUGACAGUCCUGCGCCCGCGCACAACGGGUACGCGCGGGCGCCCGAGCGGCUGGAGCGGCCCGAGCGGCCCGAGCGGCCCGAGCGGCUCGAGCGCAGCGAGCGGCCCGAGCGGCCCGCGUACGAGCGAGCGCCGCCGCCGGAACAUGUGCCCUCAGCGGCACAGCAAGAGGAUAGCUCGUCGAGUUCGUCCAGUAACAGCGACAGUGACUCCGACAGCGGUAGCGAGAGCGACGAUAACUCCGGAGCCUACCACGCGCAUACCAAUGGCAACGUAAGCAACCAGGCGUUACCCGACGUGCUCAAUGAUGAUCUCUGCCUCUCCGAGUCGGGCAGCGACUCCGACUGACCUCACGACAUACAUCUUUCUUUAUUCGGGUUUGGGUAUCGUUCUAUACUUCUAUCGCUUCUAUACUACCAAUAUAUUAACUGUGAGGACAUUCUCAACUGCAGAAAUAUAGAUCAUUUGGUAUUCUUAAUUUUAGAAAAAAUCUAUAAACAUAUAAGUGCCUGUAGAUAUGUGGAAAUGAAAAACAUCUAUAAAUAUGUUUAUGCUACGCCAUAACAAGGAUAUGUUAUGUUUAUUUUUGACAUCUAAAAAACAAAAUCAGUUUAUCUCCCAUAUUUUAAAAAUGAAUGAGAUGACUGUCAUGUUGUCUCGUUUUUUAUUAAGUCUGCGUAAUGUAAACAUAUUUAGAUUGGUACCAAUUGUCACUUGUAACUCAACUCUAGUUAAUGGGCCACUUUUGACAUUAAAUUUGUAAAAAAUACUUUAUCAGCAUCCUAGGCUCCAUGGUUCCUUCUAUUUUUAUACAAGAUUUAACAUGUUCGCAGAUACUCAAUGGUUAUAAACUUAUUAAUGGCAUGAGAUCUUCUAGUUUGGAAUCUCUUAAAAUCGGCUCAUUAAUUGGAUUCUAGACACUGAAAUUCGUAAUCACUUCUUGAAAUGUAAUAAGUCUUCUGUAGCCUUUCUAUCAUAACUAAAUUUUUUUUUUUGUUCUUUUAUUAGCUUUAAUGAAAUAUUCUAUUAUUCUUUUAUUAAAUACCCGCACAUAUUGGAUAAAAUUGAUGUUUAUCAAAUAAUAAAGAAUAUUAAAUUGAAUCAAAUAUAAAAUGUUAGGCAGAAAUAUAUAUAUUUAUAUCUAUGACUAAGUCCAUUAUUUAUUAUUUUUGAUCGAUUAAAUGGAAUAAUGAUCGAUUGGAAAUCUCGACGGUAUAUACUUUAUUGAUUAUGCUUCUGCUGAAUAUAUUGGUAAUUGUUAUGUAUAUAAAUUUUGAUUUUAUUCAAGUCAGUGCCUGUGGUAUGCCAUUUACAAUUAUACUUUCUCUUUGGAAUGUGAUAACAUUCAUAUUGUUUCAAGUUAGAAUGCGAAGAGGCCUUCUUGGAAUGAUUAAAAUGCUCAACGUAAAUGUAUAGUGAUAGUUAGUUGUGGAGGAAUAAAGUUAUGCCAAUAAAUUCUCAGUGUAUGAAAGUUUCUGUAAGGCUAGGGUUGCCAUCUGUCCAGGUUUCCCUGGAUUUAUCCACAUUUAGAGAGUUAUUGGGUGUUUUCUGGAUAUUUGUAUAGUCCAGAUUAUAAAAUUUCUUAAUUACUUUCAUGGUAAGUAUAUUUAAUUUUAUUGUAUUUUUAAGGUAAAAAUUCGCCAUCAAGUUUCCUGAUUUUUGAAAUAAGGAAAUUUGAGUUAUUCCUAAAUCUUUCGAUUUGCAAAUGGCAACCCUAUGUAUGGUGCAAGUCAUUUGUUUAUUUCAGAAUGCUCAUUUUGUUGCCUAGAAUGGUACUUAUCACAUGCACCAAGUACAAUCAGCAUAUUUAAUUCUUAGUAUGCAUUUGACGUUAAAAAGCAUACAUUAAUAUGUAUAUGUAAGGCGUCCAUUAGAUAAUAGGAUUUGCUAUCCAUUUUGUAAGUCGUAAACAUUGUUGCCAGAUCUUGUUUUAUAUUCUCCAAACUGUAUAUGUAUUUUUAUAUAUUUAUACAUAAUUAAAAAUGUGCAAUAUAAAUUGUCUAGUGUGAUUUUAUUUUUCAAUGAAAUGUUAUGUAAUUUUUGUUUUCUGUACCUACCUGAUUUUUUUAGAAUGUUUUCAAAUUAGACCUGGCAACACUGCAUGAUUGAUGGAAAUUAAUAAUGGGGAGUGAUUGUGCAAUGCGCGCCUAAAAGUUUAGAAGGAUAGCUUUCAAACGCUGUACUCUAAUCUCUUUUGGGUGUAAAGAUUUUGUGAGACUUCAAGAUGUCAAGGUCAUGUGCAUAUAAAAUAUAUACCUGAUACGUAACAUUCAAAAUCCGAAGUAGUAAACACGUGUAUCGUAUGCUUUCAUUUCGUAUAGUACUUAUAUAUCCGGCAUUUAUAUGGCCGCAUUAAUAUACUUGGUAAUUGUUGACCUACCUAAUUGUUUCUUUUAUAUUUUUUGUAACCUUUAAAAAGAUAUUAAAAAUCUUGACAAAACUUUUCAAAAGCAAUGUAAGUUUGUAGAUUAUUAGUAGAGAUUUAAAUAGAGGAAGAAAUUAAGGACUAAUUAUUAUUAAAUAGCUUAUCAAUUUUGUGCUCGACACAGCUCAGUGAAUGCGCUGACUUAUAUAUCUUGUACAUUCUGCACACUCGUUACAGAGUCUAUCUAUAUUCCUCCUUCAUAUAUCGCCAUUCCAUUUACGGACGUACUUGACAAUCUAUACCCCUUGUUCUUAUAAAAUUAAGACGAUAUAAUAAUUUUAUAACACGUGACACUUGACUCUUGCCACAUUUUAUAAUAUUAAAUAAAAAGUAACAAAUAUCACAUGUUUUUUUUUGACAUUAUUUUGUUCACGAUUUUAAGUAAGAUAUUUACUUACGAUUAUGCCUUAGUGACAUAUUGUAAUAAUAAUAACGUGCCUCAAACUCAAUAAAACAGAGUUGUCUUUAUUUUAUGCAAAUGUUUUUAAUAAAUAAUAGUUAAGCGUGUACCGUUUGUUUUAUAUUUUUAUGGCAACCAUACAUAUGUUUAAUUAUUACUUAUGAAGAUUUAAAUAAAUUUGUAUAGUAAGAAACAUAAA